AUCUCUGAUCCAUCACCUCUCACUCUCCUUAAAAGCAUAUCUUCUUUUCACAGAAACCCCUGAUCUAGAGAUGGGGAGUGGACCUAACAUGUAUUUAGGUCACGAAUUUACCUCCUUCAUCCCAGAAACACAGUGUGAGAAGAAAACCCUCUCCAUGGAUGGUGUGACCGUCUUCAAAGCAGGUGAUUCGCCCUUUGCUGGGGACGAUGAAGUUCCUACCCUCGAAGAUCAUUUAGAGGAUGAUGAGGACAAUGAUGAGGGGUUGGUUGUUUCAGAUUCUGAAGAAGGGGAUGAUGAUGACGCAUUCAUUAUUCUAUAUUCUAAAGAAUGGGAUGAUGAUGAUGAUGCAUUCAUUGUUCCAGACUCUGAAGAAGGAGAGGAUGAUGACGGUUACGGCAUUAUCAAUUUGAAGACAAAGAGAAGAAGGCAUGACGACGAGGAGCAGUGCAGUGAAGAAAAUGGCUACCAGAUUCCAAUAAUAAAGACCAUGAAUUUAGUGAAAACCACCACAGGGCAAAUCUACAAAAGGUUGUGUGAUGAAGAGAUUUUGGUUGGGAAAACAGGGCUUAAGGUCACUUGUUUUUGUAAUGUUUGUGUGGGUUCAACUACUGUUAAAGGUGUGGUUAGUGCUUCAAAGAUGGCUGAACUGAAGGCUUCUGCAUUUGGUAUUUUCUUCAAACUUGGGAAGAUAAAGUGGGUUAAUGGUCAAUUGUUGAUUUUAUUAGCUUUAAAUCAUGUGGAGCCCGUUAAGAAGAGUGGAGAGAUUUGGGCGUUUGAGACUUUCCCUUCUUUGAAAGAAAAUGGAAUAUGCGUUGUGGGAGAGAACAGGAGCGGAUUGUGGCCAAGGGCAUUACGAUGGGAGACGGGGGUGCGCCCAAUGCAUGACCGCCUGGAGGUUUCAAUUUUCGGCACGGAAGAGGAAAGUGUUCAAUGGAAUGAGAUGGUUGCCACGACAUCGGAGAAAGUUAUAGAGAACAUUGCAAUGUUAUUCUCAGUUGGAGAUUCAAGGAAAGGUAAGGGUAACAAUGGCGGUGGUGAGCACGUCGAUGAAGUGUAUGGGGCUGGUCGAAGAAAAAUUAAAGGAAAGCUGCAUUGGGGAUGUGAGGGCUCAAUGAAUCAUGAGGAGAUUAAUGUUCAGCGAAAGGAGAAAAGAAAGGUUGUGAUUCGGAAGAGGGCACAUGUGAAGAAGAUGCAGAAGAAGACAGAGAGGUCAGGCAGCGGUACUCCAAUAGGGACACCAAAGAAAGCGAAAAAUGUUUUGGGAGACGCUCGUGAGAAUGAACCUUCCUUGAGAGAUAUAAUGACAGCAUUGGUGCUUAUGGAAAAGCGAAACUUGAAGAUGCGCAUGGAAGUUACUAAGUUGGGAAUUGCAGUAAAUGCCCAUACCCGUCUUCUGAAUGGGUAUAUAUCGAGGAAGAGAAUUGGUAAGCGAUGGCAUACGAGUAAAAAGCGCACAACAGAGGAUAACAACAUGCCUAGCUUUGAUUUAGGAUUUGAGAGUCAGGAGAAGAAUGAUGCCACAGAACAUGAUGUGGCCGAUGAUGUUUGGGAGGAGGAUCUCAAUGUGGAAGCUGAGAUUGGAACCCAACCGGGUUCGUGUGAACAUGAUGUGGUCGAUGAUGUUUGGGAGGAGGAUCUCAAUGUGGAAGCUGAGAUUGGAACCCAACCGGGUUCGUGUGGUAAUGACCUUCACGAUACGUUGAAGGACAUUAGUACACAAGAAGUUGAGGGUAGAUGGUUGAAGACAUUACAUAGAUUGGGGCUGGGGAAACAGUCUGAGAAAAAUGUGGACAAUCAGGAGUGCGAAAAGGGCUCGAUGAAUAUGGUUAAAGACGGCAUGCAGUCGGGCGAAGUGGGCAAGGACGUGGCUGUUGAGGAUGUUCUAUGUAAUGGUGUGGAUGAACCCAAAGAAGCAUCACCAAUGAAUGUAGAAGUGUUUGCUUCUGCUAUGAAUGGUCAGGAAAAUGAAAUUGAAGUAGAUGUUUCAGGAUUCACUGACAAUGUCGAGACCGCAUCGCAAGCAUUGCAGGAGUUACCCGCGAAUGGAAUUUUUUUCCCUACCGAGGAGAACCUGGAUGAGAAUGAAAAGAAUCCAAAGGAUGAGGCUGAGAACGGAGAGUGCUCGUGUAGUGCGAUUUGGGGGGAUGAAGAUGAGUUCAUGGGUCCAUUCCCAUCAAACCCGAACGAGAUGCCUGCUCAGGAGGAGAUAAUGAAUGUUGAGAAGUUCAUGUAUCAAGGACUUUUAAAGAAUCACCUUAGGGUAUCGGGGCGCAAGUACUGGGCCCAGGUGGAUGUGCUUGACCCAAGUGAGUAUAAGGUUCACUAUGGCGAGGAAGACACGCUAACAAAGACCUGGUACUACAACAUUUUUUUCCCCUGGGGAUGGCUUUUAGAUACGCACCUAGAUGUCAUAUUCUACUACCUUAGAAUGAAGGGAGUAGAGUUUGGGUUGGAGCAGCGAUACACGACAACAGACACCCCAUUUCUUGCAUUGUUGAAGACAUUAUGUGGGAGGUAUAUGAAGAAGGAACUAACCAUUGAGCAAACAAUGCGUAAUAAGACAGUAAGAAGCACGAUCAUGGGAGGGAAGAUGGAAUAUGGUCGACCGUGGCAGAGUGUAGAUUUUGUAUACAUGCCGCUGAAUAUGGGGAACCACUGGACAUUGUUGGUGUUGGACAUUAAGCAGAAGUUAAUUAGGACAUAUGACUCGAGCAUCAAGAGAAAUGAUUCAAAAAGGAAGUUGCACCCGUUUCUGCCAUGCCUCCAAAUGUUCCUUCCCAAGAUAAUGGAUAAGUUGGGCGUGUAUGAUGGACGGGAGGAAGGUCCAGUAGGAGAUGAUGUCCUAGCGGUUGAAGUUGGAUCGUCAAGUUGUGGGAUGUUCGUGGUGAAGAUGGCUGAAUUUCUGAUGAUGGGGUGUGAUGCGGGGGAUAUGGAUGAUCAUGAAAUCGCUGAAUACAGGAAGAAAAUGACAGUGGAGUUGUUGGCAUACUCUGCCGUCUAGGUGUAGAGACUUUUUAAAACUUGAGCAUAAUGCCCUCAUUCAAAGACAUGUUUUGUGGCUAAUAUGCAUGUAUUAUUGAGACAUCUGUUUUUUGAAUUAGAUAUUCCAAUUAGGUGGUUGUUUUUUGAUAGAUUUGUUGAUGGUAUUUGGCAAGUUAUGGACGUGCAGGGUUGGAAAAAUAUUGAGAUUUGGUUUUUUUAUUGAAGUACUUUGCAUAUUUGGGCGAAAGUAUUGUUGUGG